CUCCGGUCACGCGCUCAGCUUUAAACCGACGUAGCGACCGCAGCACAACAAUCUACACACUUACCUCUGCCGCUGGCCUCUGGAAUCUUGUCAUCGCGUUUGCUGCAUCUUGCGCCUCCUUCAAGUACCACUUCACUGCAGCCGCGUCGACCAGCCAAUGAUUAUGCGUAGUUGACGCUUCGAUGCUGCUGCCAACCCCACUUUCCACGAUGCGAUCCGGCCGCGCUUUCUUCUUAGUUUCUGCCUCUGCUACCGUCUUUUUCCUAUGGCAAUUUUAUGUCCUCACAUGGUGCCAUGCAGAGGGGCCAGGACUGACGCUUGGAGACUUAUCAAGUGGCGAACUCGCCAACGCCACUCUCGGGUUCCAGAGAAUAAUAGCAAUUUCUUCCGAGGACCAGUCUUCGCCAACAGCAUGGCGCCAGCGCGGCCUCAUCGCCGCCGCCAACCGUACCGGUCUUUCCAUUGACAUCCACCAAUCUCGCGACGUAUCAGAGAAAGAGCUCCAGGAAUUCCAAGACAGCGGGUCCAAGUACACCGAAAAGCCAGGGACUGGAUCAGCGCUUGCAUGGCUGGCGCACCAUGACGCUUUGCAAUACAUAAUCGACAACAACAUAAGCAGCGCGCUCAUCCUCGAAGACGACGCCGACUGGGACGUCCGCAUCCGCUCGCAACUCGCCCCGCACAGCGCAAUCCCGACGCUACUGCGCCGCCUCUACACAGACAUGGACGGCGCCGCGUCGCCCUCUCCCCUCAACCUCAGCACCGCCACCCCCCCACACCCAAGCACGCAGCCCUACACCGGCAGCUUCGACGUCCUCUGGCUCGGCCACUGCACCUCGCUCUACGGGCCACAUAGCACGCGCCUCACAGCGCCAAACGACACGACGCAGCUCCCCGGGCAGGCGCUCAGCGCGUACGCGAACCGCUUUGCGUACACGCGGCUGGACGACCACGAGCGCGCCGUCCUGAGCCGUCCGGAGUGCGCCUGCACGUUCGCGUACGCCGUCUCGGGGACGGGGGCGCGGCGCGUGCUUGAGCGCACGAAGGCGGGGGCUGCCGCCGCGUUCGAUAACGCGCUUGGGGCUGCGUGCCGCGAGAGCCCGAAACGUGGGAAAGGGCUGCGCUGCGCGAGCGUGGCGCCUGAGCUUGUGCAUCAUCAGAGGGGCGUUGUAGAUGCGGAUGCGGAUGCGGAUGAGGAGGGGGAGGGGGCGCCCUGGAGAGGCAGUCUGGUUGAGGGAUUGAAUCGGGGCGAGGGCGAGCGUGAGGCGCUGCUGGCGCCUCGCCCGAGUCGCUUCUUCACGUUUAAUAUCAUGUAUAGCGCGCGCUGUAAUGCGCACCGCGGCGACCGGAGGCUGACGCAGUGUUUGCCGACGGAGGAGGACCGCGAGGUGUGGACUUCGUGAGGGCGAGAGAAGGAGCGGGAAAAGGAGGAGGAGGAGAGAGAAUAGGUACAUACAUACCUAGGCCCGGACGCGCUGGCGCUGGUCCGUCGGUGCUUCGGCGUAUAGCAUGAAUCAAGAUACUCAGCUAAACACGAGAGCUCUUUGUUCACCUUAUCUACGCCUCAUAUAUAUACAAAUAAACAACCCAGCCAGCAUCACAUAACCGCACCCACCUCCCCACAAAAGCAACUUACGCCCCCGCUCCCAUCGGCAUCGGUGUAAAUAACCCCUCUGGUGCCUCGGGCCCUACUGUACCGAACACCGAAGCGCGCUGCGGUCAAAGAGGCGGCGUGCGCGCUUUGCUUGCUAACUAAAUAUCUUUUGUUCAUUCUGUCUGCAGAUUGUACUCUCUUCCUCUCUCUCCCUAUUAGUUCUCUGGAGAUUUGAUUUCUGUUGCUAGUAUGGCCGCUGCUUCAGAUCUCGCCACUGCAACUCCUACUGCUGCAACAGUUCCUGC